AUGCUCUGACUCCAGGCUAGAGGGACCCGGGAAGCUGGGGUCACUUCCUGCUCCGUCCCAGUCACCCUGAACUGGUCCCCGGGUCCUCAGCCUGGGAUCACCCCUUGAGAAGGACCCCAGAGUCCUCGGCAUCUAGCCCGCCACCCCCCAGGCAGGGCAUUCAAGGGGUUAAGUCCCCUGGGGCUGGAUUCUGCCUUCUGCCUUUCCCAGACCCCAGAGCCGGUCCCUGGAACACUGGGCAGCCCUGAGCUCUGGGAUGGAGCCUGAAGCGGUGCUGUGGGGCCCAGAUCUGCGGGGUCCUGAACAGAGCCCUAAUGAUGCUCACAGAGGUGCCGAGAGUGGGAACGAAGAGGAGAGCCCUCAGCAGGAAAGUUCUGGGGAGGAGAUCAUCUUGGGCGAUCCAGCUCAGAGUCCAGAAUUCAAGGACCCACCAGAGAUGCCCCUGGAGAGACCCUCCCAGGAUCCCUCAGGCCCCCAGGACCCCCCAACUUCACUGGGUCACUCCAACCCCUUGGACCACCAGACUCCUCUUGACUCCCCAACCCCCGAGGUAGUUCCUGCCCCGUCUGACUGGACCAAGGCCUGUGAGGCCAGUUGGCAGUGGGGGACUCUGACCACAUGGAACAGCCCCCCGGUGGUCCCCGCCAACGAGUCCAGCCUGCGGGAGCUGGUGCAAGGCCGCCCCUCCGGGGCUGAGAAGCCCUACAUCUGCAACGAGUGCGGCAAGAGCUUCAGCCAGUGGUCCAAGCUGCUGCGGCACCAGCGCAUCCACACGGGCGAGCGGCCCAACACCUGCUCCGAGUGUGGCAAGAGCUUCACGCAGAGCUCGCACCUGGUGCAGCACCAGCGCACGCACACGGGCGAGAAGCCCUACAAGUGCCCGGACUGCGGCAAAUGCUUCAGCUGGAGCUCCAACCUGGUGCAGCACCAGCGCACGCACACGGGCGAGAAGCCCUACAAGUGCACCGAGUGCGAGAAGGCCUUCACCCAGAGCACCAACCUCAUCAAGCACCAGCGCUCACACACGGGCGAGAAGCCCUACAAGUGCGGCGAGUGCCGGCGCGCCUUCUACCGCAGCUCGGACCUCAUCCAGCACCAGGCCACGCACACUGGGGAGAAGCCCUACAAGUGUCCCGAGUGCGGCAAGCGCUUCGGCCAGAACCACAACCUCCUCAAGCACCAGAAGAUCCACGCCGGCGAGAAGCCGUACCGGUGCACCGAGUGCGGCAAGAGCUUCAUCCAGAGCUCCGAGCUGACCCAACACCAGCGCACGCACACCGGCGAGAAGCCCUACGAGUGCCUCGAGUGCGGCAAGAGCUUCGGCCACAGCUCCACCCUCAUCAAGCACCAGCGGACCCACCUGCGCGAGGACCCCUUCAAGUGCCCCGUCUGUGGCAAGACCUUCACCCUGAGCGCCACGCUGCUGCGGCACCAGCGCACGCACACAGGCGAGCGGCCCUACAAGUGCCCCGAGUGCGGCAAGAGCUUCAGCGUCAGUUCCAACCUCAUCAACCACCAGCGAAUCCACCGCGGCGAGCGGCCCUACAUCUGCGCCGACUGUGGCAAGAGCUUCAUCAUGAGCUCCACGCUCAUCCGCCACCAGCGAAUUCACACGGGCGAGAAGCCCUACAAGUGCUCCGACUGCGGGAAGAGUUUCAUCCGCAGCUCCCACCUCAUCCAGCACCGUCGCACCCACACGGGCGAGAAGCCCUACAAGUGCCCCGAGUGCGGCAAGAGCUUCAGCCAGAGCUCGAACCUCAUCACGCACGUGCGCACCCACAUGGAUGAGAACCUCUUUGUGUGCUCCGACUGCGGGAAGGCCUUCCUGGAGGCGCACGAGCUGGAGCAGCACCGGGUGAUCCACGAAAGAGGGAAGACGCCAGCCCGGAGAGCUCAGGGCGACACUCUGCUGGGGCUCGGGGACCCAGCCCUGCUAACCCCGCCCCCUGGAGCCAAACCACACAAGUGUCUUGUCUGUGGAAAGGGGUUCAACGACGAGGGCAUUUUCAUGCAGCAUCAGAGGAUCCACAUCGGAGAAAACCCCUACAAAAAUUCAGAUGGCCUCCUUGCACACCCAGCCCCCAAGCCUCCUCAGUUUCGAUCUCCCAGGCUCCCUUUUGGAGGCAAUUCCUAUCCAGGUGCUUCAGAGGGCAGAGCUGAGCCCCCAGGACAGCCCUUUAAAAUGCCUGAGGGGCAGGAGAGCUUUAGCCAAAGGCUGGGCCUGCUCUCCUCCAAGUCCUACAUUUGCUCCCACUGUGGAGAAAGCUUUCUGGAUCGGGCUGUGCUCCUCCAACACCAGCUCACCCACGGCAACGAGAAGCCCUUUCUGUUUCCUGAUUAUAGGAUUGGUUUAGCAGAAGGGGCAGGGCCCAGUCCCUUCCUAAGUGGAAAGCCCUUUAAAUGCCCUGAAUGCAAAAAAAGCUUUGCCCUCAGCUCUGAGCUGCUGCUGCACCAGAAAGUCCAUGCAGGUGGGAAACCACAGAAGAGUCCAGAGCUGGGGAAGAGCUCUUCUGUCCUCCUGGAGCACCUCAGGAGCCCCCUGGGGGCCAGACCCUACAGCUGCUCAGAUUGUGGGGCCUCCUUCCUGGAUCGCCUGGCCCUCAUCCGGCACCAGGAAACCCACACCCAAGAAAAGUCCCCCAGACCCGAAGACCCCCUUCCAGAGCCAGUCACCCUGUCCACAAGCCAGGAAGAUGAAGGGGAGGCCCCCACCCCCACAGGGAGCAGUAGCCAUGAGGAAGGGGAGACCCCCAAAACCCUUUUGGAAGAAAAGCCCUAUUUGUGCCCCGAGUGUGGAGAUGGCUUCACAGAAGUCGCAGCCCUCCUUCUCCAUAGGAGCUGCCACCCAGGGGUCACCCUGUGAAAUGGGCCUGGGGGCCAGGGCCUCUCCUGAGAGGAACACUGGAUCUCCCCAAAUGAUUAUGCGAGAAAAGGAAGAAAACCUUAUCAGAUUGUAGAGAUGUGGAGGAUGAGGACCCUGGGUAAAAAUAGUGCUUUUAUAUGAGUGAUAAGAAACCCUAUAAGUUGUUGGCGGGAACCACUUAUAAUGCAGUAGAGAAAAACUGGGGUUAGGAACCCUAUAAAUAUGUAGGAAAAAAAGCCCUUUAAGUCUGUAGCAGAAAAUCCCUAUAAACCAUAGUGGAUAAAAGCCCUAUUAAUUGUAGGAUGAGGUCCCAAUAUGUCUCUAGACAACCCUAUAAAACUGUACCGAAAUCCUUGUGAAACUAUAGGGUCGGGGAAGUGCAGGGAAUAUACAAUGGUGUUGACUUGGGAGCAGUGACCCUCGGAAGGUGUGGAAGAGCCUCCCGUGAACUUGUUGCCCAGGGCUCCCUCCUGCCACGUGGGAGGGGGGCUCCUUCCCAGCAGCCGUGGACACUUCCGCUGAGUAAACCGCUAGGUGCGGGAUAGUGUGGCAGUCGGGUGGGACUGGGAAAGGAAAACAGGAUGGGAGACCCCGCGGAGAAGUGGCCCAGGAACUAGGAAGAGGAAAUCUAGUCAUUGCGCGGGGUUUCCUGGGGGCACAAGGCCAGUCGGAGGUGAACAGUGCGUGCGAGAGGGAGAGGCCCAUGGAAUUCCAUCAGAAAGAGGCCAAAAGUGGGGAAGGAAAAAAAUGUUGAGCCUUUUUGAAGGCUGAAGUUUGGGGUGCAUAAAACUUUUAAGUGUAAGAGUACUGGGGAACCACCCCAAAAAUUUAGGGGGAAGAGUCAGGGGAUUCUGUCACAGUGCUUUGAGGGAAGGAAACCAAGUAGCAAAACUGUCCAGGUGGAACCCAGCAAACUCCAGGCUGUCUUCCCGUUUCCGGGAGCUUGUUAAACUCCAAGUGCAAGCAGAUCCUGGCCGGGCCGCCAGGGUCCUCUCCCAGCCGGGCAGGACGACCCUUUCCUGCAGACUUCUGUUCUGAGAGGCCUCCUGGAAUGGAGGGUCCCUCCCGCUACAUCUCAGGUCUCACUGUCAGGAGGUUCCUCCUGAAAUCUAACUGCCACCAGUGUCGCUGCAGUGGCAGCCCGUUUCCUCGAAUUCUGUCCUCAGUGAAGAGGGAGGACUGCUGCUAGUCGACCUCCAAAGAAUAAAGCCCUUCAGAGACUCAAGGCCUGUGUGUGGUUAAAUCCUCUAGACUGCUCUUCUCCAAGUCAGCGAGAGCCACAUGUAGGUUCUCUGGCAACGAGGGACGGCAAGUUGACAGAAUAGAGCUUUGAUUAGCCAGCAACCUGCUCUUAAAUCUCAGUCUCCUCCAAGCUGAUAGCAAGGCUGCGGGCAGGAUGAGCCAGCCUGCACAUAUGAUGGGUGUCCAAACACCCCACGGAAGAGAGUAUGGAGCCCUGACCACCUUCCUCCAGUAGCUGGAGCCCUCUGAAGUCGUGACAACCCAGCCUGAUUGCGGUUUUGGGAAGGGAUGGAUUCCACCUACUUGGCUUCUCUCCUUAGCCAGAAACCUUCAGAGGGGAAUGGAAAGAUGAGAACCACACCCUUGCCAGACCCAUCUCCUGUCCCCACACACCACACACUGUUACACACUUCCAUUAACCCAGCCAGACCCGCUAACGUGUGUGUGGCAGGGGAGAGACUGUUGCCCUCUAAAAUGGUUGGAAAAAACUCUUGAAACAUCUGUAACAAGAACCCAUCCCCUAAGCCUGUAGACUCCAUCCAGUGCUGGGUCCAAAGGAAGUGCCCAUUGACCCCAUGCUGCCACCAGUAAUGCACUGUGGUCCUGGAGUAAGAGAACCAACGUGCCAGGUGAGGUGGCGCCCGUCAGGAGUCACAUCCCCUAGAGGGUGACCCAGAAUCCUACAAAGCUGUGGAAGAGACCUCUAAUUUCAUUACCUGAAGUUCAAAAGGUGAAAGUCUUUCACCUUUCAUCUACCCUGCCCCCCAAAGGAUAACCCGCAAACUCAAAGGAUCAAAAUCUAGAACACUAGUUGGAAAAGGCCAGGCCUGCUGGGGAGAAGGCAGGCAUUGCAUGAUUGUGGGGAGACCCUUUCUACCCUCUGCAUUAAAGCCCCACUGACCCCAGUGCCAGGUUGGAAAGCACUACUGAGGGGAGGAGCCUGCCUGCCGAAGCUCUGCUGACAAGCGUCCACAAAGGGGGUGUCCCUGUGAGACUGAGGAACAGGACACAGUCCUCCAAGUCAAAGCAGAUUCUUUUCCCUCUAAGAUGGUAGGAGAAAGAAACUCCAGUUGUAGACAAACCCCUUUUAAAGCUAGAAGCAGAACCCCCAGAGCAGGUCUGAGAAAUCUUUCUCCAGAAGAGUCCUGGGGAGCAGCCUUCGAAGCUCGGGGGCCAGUCCGGGGGGAGGUGGGCAGUGUGGUCAGAGGCCAACUGCAGGCCGACUGAGGACUUGGGUGUAGCAUAUGUAGUGUGAUGCUCGCAUGUUGUAGGAACUGGUUGGGGCUGGGAGUUUAGGCUCUGGUACUUCAAUGGAUGAUGCGGAUACGAUGAGUUGGGUCUGGGGUUUUGUAGCAAGAAAGGGGCAGAGUCGGAGACCUUUGGGUAUGACCUGUUCUUUGGGUAUUGCCCACCACCCUAAACUCCUUUAGCCAGGUGCUUCCCAAAAUAAGCUACAUCUUGGAAGGAACUAAGCAGGGAACUGGCAGGGGGAGGUGGCAGUGUCCAGAGUCCCUCUGAUCAGCUCCGGCAAAGGCCCAGCUCAUUCUGGAAGGCCUCUUGUCCAGCUCCGUGCAGGCCUGACUCCAGAAGUGCCCCAGUUGAGGAGCCCAUAGAUAGGGUCACAGAGUCAUUGGUGAAAGCAGAGGGAAGAGUAGAAACUGAUCUGAGCUUAGGGUGAAACUUGAAACUGCUAUGGAUAUGGAGGUCAAAUGGGAACUCGAAAGAACUGGGCAUGAAUCCUGAAUGAUGGGGAAACUUGAAACCAUCACAGUCAAGAGGUGGGGUUCCAUGACACCUGCCCGAGUCGAGCAGCCCUAGACGCCUUUGCCUUCAUUAGGGAAGCCCCACUUACCUAACUUGCCCACCUGGAGUGAAGAGAGGCCCCACUUUUGAGUGUUGUGUGUCAAUAACAGUGUUGUGUCACUGGUGGUCAUGUUGAUUAGCUGAAGAGAAUAAAGGGAAUAAGGUUUCCCAGGUG